AUGGGAUUAAGUCAUUCUUCAUCGUUUCAUAAUUCUCAUGUGAGAACUGUAGGGGAUUCUGGUUCGGUUGUUAUCACACCAUACUCAGAUGUAUACCCGCGUUUGGACGUUUUGGAUAUGUAUAGCAAUGAAACAUUGCGACCACAAUUUGAUUUAUUAGUCCAAAGUUAUCAAGCUUUAUUUGAUCGUUCCUAUGAAGAUAUGCGAUCAUAUUAUCAAAUAGCAGGCAUUCAUGGAUUACCUUAUACAGCUUAUGAUGGAGUUACUGGUGGUGCUCAUCAAUACAAUAAUGGUACAGAUUGGGCAAAAGGUCGUUGGGGUGGAUAUUGUCAUCAUGGUGAUAUAUUGUUUCCCACUUGGCAUCGACCUUAUAUGAUGCUCAUAGAGUCACAAUUAAUCAAUGAGGCAAAAAAGAUUGCCGCACAAUAUCCGGAUACCGAAAAAGAAAAGUAUGUAGAAGCAGCAAAUCAACUUCGCCAUCCCUAUUGGGAUUGGGCUGAUUUAAAGGCUAUAAAAGGUGUUCCGCAAUUUUUCACCGACCUUCAACUUGAACUGAAUACACCUACGGGAAAGAAAAACGUCACCAACCCGUUAAAACGAUAUUAUUUACCUGUUAAUGUUUCAUAUCCUUUGGCACCAGGCACGAAUCCAACGGAUAAACCAAACUAUACGCUUCCAAGUAUGAACUUCAAUCCAUUUACGCCCGCUGGUUAUCCUACGGUUAGGCACCCCAAUGCCAAAUAUGAGGAUCGGGAUGAUAUCAUGAACAUUAAUAUGUCGACCUAUGUACAGGGCGUGUUUCGAGCUGGUUUCUACCAGAUGUUCCACAUUGAUAAUUAUUUACAUUUUAGUAAUCAUGCUGUAAGAGGUUCAAAUGAUACAGAAAUGGAAGAUACAAAUCCCGGGCAUCCGGAUCCUGCUCAAUUUGUAGGAUAUGCACAUUUUGCAUCUCUCGAAACAACACACGAUGGGUUUCAUUUAGUAACUGGUGGUCUUGCAGGUCAUUUAUCUUAUCCUGAUAUAACUGGUUUUGAUCCAUUAUUCUUCUUUCAUCACGUGAACAUAGAUCGUCUUUUUGCACUUUGGCAAGGAGUAUUUCCUAACAGUUGGCUUCCGGAAAGUGGUGUAGCUAUCAAUGGAACUUAUACGGAUGACCUAUACAAUAAUGUAAAUGAAAAUACAAGCUUAACACCAUUCCGAAAAUCAACAACAGAUUUUUGGAAUUCUAAAGAUAUUCGAGAUAUAGAAACACUUGGAUAUACAUAUCCUGAAUUGACUAAAUAUAAAGGUCAAGAUCCAAAAAAUUUACAAGGUUAUCUACUUCAAUUAUAUAAACCUGAUGAUCAUUAUGGACGUAGAAUUUACGCCAAGUUGACUAUACAAGCGGGUAAAUUAGUUGGACCAUACUCUAUUAGAGUUUUUCUUGAUUUACCUAGUGCAGAUGCUUCAACACCAGUAACUUCCGAUCAUUUUGCUGGUUUUGUUGCCGUGUGGCGUAGUACUACUAAUUCCACAUAUGUCACGGGAACUGUCGAUAUUACAUCUUGCAUGAAUAAAUUGGGAAUUCGAAUGGAAAAACAUGAUUAUGUUGGGGAUGUUAAUGCUACGACAGGCUUAGUAAAACCAACUUCACUUUUUGAUGUUAAUAAUGAUAUAAAAAUUGUUCCCGUUAUGUUAAAUGGAACUGGAGUAAAUAUUAAAGAUGCUGGAGUUACUAGUGUUCAAGUUUUUUCAUUUGAAUCCGAUCAAGUAGAUCCAAAUUUCUUGGUCGAAAGCACUGGUCAAUUUUAUGGCACU